AUGACUGCAGAUAUAGCUGUCGGCAGCAGGAUCGCGGACAGGGUGUUUGACAUCACCAGAACGUUUCCUCUUGCUUUGGAUGUUGGCUCUGGAAGAGGUUACAUAGCUCAGCAUCUAACCAAGGAAACUGUCGAAAAACUGAUUCAAGUUGAUAUUGCAGAAAAUGCUUUAAAAAAUGCUAUAGAAUCUGAAAUCCCCACUGUCAAUGUUAUAGCUGAUGAGGAAUCCCUUCCUUUCAAAGAAGAUACAUUUGAUCUUGUUGUUAGCAGCUUAAGUUUACAUUGGGUGAAUGACCUUCCUAGAGCUUUUAGAGAGAUUCACCGAGUUCUUAAGCCAGAUGGAGUGUUCAUUGGUGCAAUGUUUGGGGGAGACACCCUGUAUGAACUUCGCUGCUCUUUGCAGCUGGCAGAAUUGGAGAGAGAAGGGGGAUUUUCUCCUCACGUAUCACCAUUCACUGCUGUCUCUGAUUUAGGACAUCUGCUGUCGAGAGCUGGUUUUAACACCCUCACUGUGGAUACUGAUGAAAUUCAAGUCAACUACCCAGGGUUGUUUCAGGUUAUGGAAGACUUGCAAGGUAUGGGGGAGAGUAACUGCUCUUGGAAUAGAAAACCUCUCCUACACAGGGAGACGAUGUUGGCAGCUGCUGCAAUAUACCGAGAAAUGUAUGGAAAUAGCGAUGGCUCAGUACCUGCCACAUUUCAAAUUUACUAUAUGAUUGGCUGGAAAUUCCAUGAAUCACAGGCAAAACCAGCCCAAAGAGGUUCUGCAACAGUUUCACUUGGAGAUCUGGCAAAACUAGGUGGACUUCUUUCAAGAGACAAAAAAUAG